UUUGGUUUUUUUUUUUUGUUUUGUUUUUUUGUUUUUGAGAAAUUGAAGAACACUUGUCUGUCCCUUUCUCUCACCCCACCCUCAGCUGCUAACUUGAUGGCAGGCCAUCCAGCCCUCUUUUUGUCCCCUUUUCCAUGCUCAUGACUUCCCAGAAGAAUUGCUGGAUUUGCCCAGGAAGGAUCCGUUUUCCUGUCUGUUACUUCUGAAGUCUGUCUACCUCCAGCCCAGGAAUACAGAGGCAGAAGGAGUUAGCUGCCUCCCUGGACACACCUGCCAGGUGGCCCUGCCUCCGGGAGCUGGGGAAGAAGUGGCCGAAGACCUGUAGGGUGGGGCCAUGAGAAAGGGAGCAGGAGAUGAAUGAUCUGGGCACUGUGGGUCUCAAACCUACCAAGUCAGAAAUAGGAGGUGUGCACAAACCCUAGAGCACCCUGUACCACCUACACACAAACACACAUGCCCACUCAAUACCCCACCUCUCUCUCUCUCUCUCUCUCUCUCUCACACACACACACACACACACACACUUAUAAUAGCUGCUCACUGCAAUGCUCCAUUUGUUGACUUCAGUUGGAAUGUUCCAUUCCAUUGGGGACCCAAGCAGUGGUGGAUGGAGAAGGACAUGACUAUGAGCCCCAGAACAGCAUGUCCUCACAGGACUCACUCCCAUCUGUGGUCCUCUAACCUGUGCCUGUGAGCCACCAAGAGUGAGCCGAAACUAGAAGCAUUGCCACCAGCAACGGAGGAGUGACCACACUGAAGUUCCUCUGGCGAGGGGGAAGGAAAGUAAGGAGAAAAACAAAGGCAAGUGAGUGAGCAAGCACGCAAGCAUACUUUCGAGCACACUCUCGUGGAGGCUUACAACACCCUCCCUGUGCCUACCAAGAUGUGUCAGUCAGAGAAGCAGCCAGGACCAGAGCUCCAAGCAGCAGCGAAAUGGUUGCAUUUCCCCCAGCUGGCCCUACGGCGGAGGCUAGGCCAGCUGAGCUGCAUGUCCAGACCUGCUCUGAAACUGCGCUCCUGGCCCCUGACCAUCCUCCACUACCUCCUGCCCUUCGGUGCCCUCAGGCCCCUCAGCCAGGUGGGAUGGAGGCCCAUGAGCAGGGUGUCCCUAUAUAAGUCUGUGCCAACACGUUUGCUGUCACGUGCCUGUGGUCGCCUCAACCAAGUAGAACUUCCUUACUGGCUCCGGAGGCCAGUCUACAGCCUGUAUAUCUGGACCUUUGGGGUAAACAUGACAGAGGCUGAAGUGGAGGACCUACACCACUACCGCAACCUCAGCGAGUUCUUCCGGCGUAAGCUGAAGCCGCAGGCACGGCCUGUCUGUGGCUUGCACUGUGUGACUAGUCCAUCAGAUGGCAAGAUCCUCACCUUUGGCCAGGUGAAGAACUCUGAGGUGGAGCAGGUAAAGGGUGUAACUUACUCCUUGGAGUCGUUCCUGGGCCCUCGAGCCUACACAGAGGACCUACCCUUCCCUCCAGCUUCCUCCUCUGACUCCUUCAGAAACCAGCUGGUCACCCGGGAAGGGAAUGAGCUCUACCACUGUGUCAUCUACCUGGCCCCAGGAGACUACCACUGCUUCCACUCCCCCACUGACUGGACUGUCUCACAUCGGCGCCACUUCCCAGGUUCCCUGAUGUCAGUAAACCCUGGCAUGGCCCGGUGGAUCAAAGAGCUCUUCUGUCACAAUGAGCGUGUAGUCCUGACUGGAGACUGGAAACAUGGCUUCUUCUCCUUGACAGCAGUGGGAGCCACCAAUGUGGGCUCUAUCCGCAUCCACUUUGACCGAGACCUGCACACAAACAGCCCCAGGUACAGCAAGGGCUCCUACAAUGACCUGAGCUUUCUAACACACGCCAACAAGGAAGGCAUUCUCAUGCGAAAGGGCGAACCCCUUGGAGAGUUCAACUUGGGCUCCACCAUCGUGCUCAUCUUUGAGGCACCCAAGGACUUCAAUUUCAUGCUGAAGGCAGGGCAGAAGAUCCGCUUUGGGGAAGCACUGGGCUCCCUCUAGUCCUCUUGGUUGUGGCUGCCAAGGGAUCUUUCUACACAGGAGCAUGAGGGUCUUCAGCGGAGCCCCAGGCUGUCUGAGGAGGGGCACUGCAGGGUUGACCUUAUAGGACCUGAAUGAUGUGUUCCUGCCUGUCUAGAGGUGCAGAAGAGAGGUUCUGGGUCUCUCAGGACCUACCUAGGUCCCUUUUUCAGAGUGUGGGUGGGUAUGAUUUGACCCCCAAAUCACUUUGAGGGGUGUUUUUAAAAUUUUGUACAAGCCAGAACCCUGCACCCCCAACUCCUGGUAUGUACUGUGAGAACGGUUAUAUACUGCCGCACCCUCUAGCUGCACCCCCACCCGUCACAGGGCCUUCCUUCACCGUGCACAGGGUGAGGUGCCUCCUGGGCACAGACUGUGGAUCCUAGAGCAGGCCACAUGGCCUUUAUAACUGCUUUCUGUUCCCAAAUUUCACCUGUCUGCUUGCUGGAAAAGUAAAAUCAUUUAUAUGUUGCUGAAUGUGUUGUCCUGGACUCUGCUAGUGUCUUCUGAGGACAAUGACUAAUGAUGGAGACCUUUGUAGGCUCCAAGAAGCUGGCUGGAUCCUUUUGCUGGUCGGCAAGGCCAAUUAUUGGCUUGUCUGGUAGAGUCCGCAGUGAAGCGGCAAGUGGAGACCCUGCAGAAGUAAGGGACAUGCUGCUAUAGGUCUAGGGACCGUUGGAGGCAGAGGGUAUGGAGGUCAGUGCCUAGAAAACAGGUAUGCAGGCCAUGGGGAACCCAGUGUUAGGGACAAGACCUAACAUGUUCAUGUUGAUCUUGGGAAUGCCAUGAAUUUCUCCUGCAGGAGAAAUCAUGUAACUUUUUCAACUGUAUCAGUAGUACAAUAUUUUGUAUGAAAAGUAGGAGACUUCUGAACAGUAACUCAUUUAAUUGCAAAACAUUUUGAAAUUAAAAAA